AUGGAAGCAGAUUCAAGGGAAUCUAUCGCCAAAAUUGCCGCCUACAGGAGAAAAGCCUUCAGCAGCGGCCAGCGACAGAUAUUCGCAUCAGAGCAUGCACCAGGAGGAGACUUGGGAGACAAGAUCAACAUGUGGCAGAAGGAGCAGAGGAUGUUUAGUGAGUCUCUAGUGCUGGAUUGGUUCAUCCAGCUGAUGCUGGGUAUUCAGUACAUGCAUGAACAGCGCGUGCUGCACAGGGAUCUGAAGACUAGAACACAUUCUCCACAAACAAUCAUGAUUCAAGAUUGGAGAUGUUGGCAGUCUCUCGGCAUAAUGACUGGAACUAGUACCGGUGGCAAACACCUGGUAUUUGACACAUCUCACUCAUGA